GUUUGGUGCCCCGGAGUAGGGUGUCGGCGUUUCAUUCGGGUGGAGCAGAGUCAGAGACAGGUAACCGCGCGUUGCCUUCGGGCCUGGCUCACGCUGGGAGGUAGUUGUGACAGACUUCAGGACAAAAAUGUUUCAUUUAAGGACUUGUGCUACUAAGUUGAGGCCGUUGACGGCCUCCCAGACUGUUAAGACAUUUUCACAAAACAAACCAGCAGCAAUUAGGACGUUCCAACACAUUCGGUGCUAUUCUGCACCUGUUGCUGCUGAACCCUUUCUGAGUGGGACUAGUUCAAACUAUGUAGAGGAGAUGUACUGUGCUUGGUUGGAGAAUCCCAAAAGUGUACAUAAGUCAUGGGAUGUUUUUUUUCGCAACACCAAUGCCGGAGCUCCCCCAGGCACAGCCUACCAGAGCCCCCUUUCCCUGAGCCGAAGUUCCCUGGCUACCAUGGCCCAGGCACAGUCCCUGGUGGAGAGCCAGCCUAAUGUUGACAAGCUCGUGGAGGACCACUUGGCCGUGCAGUCUCUCAUCAGGGCCUAUCAGAUACGAGGGCACCAUGUAGCACAGCUGGACCCCCUGGGGAUUUUGGAUGCUGAUCUGGACUCCUCCGUGCCCGCUGACAUUAUCUCAUCCACAGACAAACUUGGGUUCUAUGGCCUAGAUGAGUCUGAUCUCGACAAAGUCUUCCACUUGCCCACCACCACUUUCAUCGGUGGACAGGAGUCAGCACUUCCUCUGCGGGAGAUCAUCCGACGGCUAGAGAUGGCAUAUUGCCAGCACAUUGGGGUGGAGUUCAUGUUCAUUAACGACUUGGAGCAAUGCCAAUGGAUCCGGCAAAAGUUCGAGACCCCUGGGAUCAUGCAGUUCACCAAUGAGGAGAAGCGGACCCUGCUGGCAAGGCUUGUGCGGUCCACCAGGUUUGAGGAGUUCCUGCAGCGCAAGUGGUCCUCUGAGAAGCGCUUUGGUCUGGAAGGCUGUGAGGUGCUGAUCCCUGCCCUCAAGACCAUCAUCGACAAGUCGAGUGAGAAUGGCGUGGACUAUGUGAUCAUGGGCAUGCCACACAGGGGACGGCUAAAUGUACUUGCAAAUGUCAUCAGGAAGGAGCUGGAGCAGAUUUUCUGUCAGUUCGAUUCAAAGUUGGAGGCAGCUGAUGAGGGCUCCGGGGACAUGAAGUACCACCUGGGCAUGUAUCACCGUAGGAUCAACCGUGUGACCGACAGGAACAUCACCCUGUCCCUGGUGGCAAACCCUUCCCACCUGGAGGCUGCUGACCCUGUGGUGAUGGGCAAGACCAAAGCUGAGCAGUUCUACUGUGGGGACACUGAAGGGAAAAAGGUAAUGUCCAUCCUCCUGCAUGGAGAUGCUGCCUUUGCUGGCCAGGGUAUCGUGUAUGAGACCUUCCACCUCAGCGACCUGCCGUCUUACACAACCCAUGGCACCGUCCAUGUAGUCGUCAACAACCAGAUAGGCUUUACCACAGACCCUCGGAUGGCCCGCUCCUCUCCUUACCCUACUGACGUGGCCCGCGUAGUGAAUGCCCCCAUUUUCCAUGUGAACGCAGAUGACCCUGAGGCCGUCAUGUAUGUGUGCAAGGUGGCGGCAGAGUGGAGAAGCACCUUCCACAAGGACGUGGUUGUUGAUCUGGUAUGUUACCGGCGCAAUGGCCACAAUGAAAUGGACGAGCCCAUGUUUACACAGCCACUCAUGUACAAGCAGAUCCGCAAGCAGAAGCCUGUGCUACAGAAGUAUGCAGAGCUGCUGGUGUCACAGGGUGUGGUCAACCAGCCUGAAUAUGAGGAGGAGAUCUCCAAGUACGAUAAGAUCUGUGAGGAAGCAUUCACCAGAUCCAAAGAUGAGAAGAUCCUGCACAUCAAGCACUGGCUUGAUUCCCCCUGGCCUGGCUUCUUCACUCUGGAUGGGCAGCCCAGGAGCAUGUCCUGCCCCUCCACCGGCCUGGAGGAAGACGUUCUAGCCCACAUUGGGAAUGUGGCCAGCUCUGUGCCUGUGGAGAACUUCACCAUCCAUGGAGGACUAAGCCGGAUCUUGAAAACUCGAAAGGAUCUAGUGACAAACCGCACUGUGGACUGGGCCCUGGCAGAGUAUAUGGCAUUUGGCUCGCUACUGAAGGAGGGCAUCCAUGUCCGGCUGAGUGGCCAGGAUGUGGAGCGGGGCACCUUCAGCCACCGGCACCAUGUGCUCCAUGACCAGAAUGUGGACAAGAGAACCUGCAUCCCCAUGAACCACCUUUGGCCCAAUCAGGCCCCCUACACUGUGUGCAACAGCUCAUUGUCUGAAUACGGUGUGCUGGGCUUUGAGCUGGGCUUUGCCAUGGCUAGCCCAAAUGCCUUGGUCCUCUGGGAGGCCCAAUUUGGUGACUUCAACAACAUGGCCCAGUGCAUCAUUGACCAGUUCAUCUGCCCAGGACAGGCCAAGUGGGUGCGACAGAAUGGCAUUGUGCUGCUGCUCCCUCACGGCAUGGAGGGCAUGGGUCCAGAACACUCCUCAGCCCGUCCAGAGCGAUUCCUGCAGAUGUGCAAUGAUGACCCAGAUGUCCUACCAGACCUGCAAGAGGCCAACUUUGAUAUCAAUCAGCUAUAUGACUGCAACUGGAUUGUUGUCAACUGCUCCACUCCUGGCAACUUCUUCCACGUGCUACGACGGCAGAUCCUGCUGCCCUUCCGGAAGCCGUUAAUCAUCUUCACUCCCAAAUCCCUCCUGCGCCACCCUGAGGCCAGAACCAACUUUGAUGAGAUGCUUCCAGGAACCCAUUUUCAACGUGUGAUCCCAGAAAAUGGCCCUGCGGCUCAGAACCCAGACAAGGUUGAGAGGCUCCUCUUCUGCACUGGCAAGGUGUACUAUGACCUUACCCGUGAACGCAAAGCCAGGGGUAUGGAGGAGCAGGUGGCCAUAACAAGGAUUGAGCAGCUGUCACCAUUCCCAUUUGACCUCCUGCUAAAGGAAGCACAGAAGUACUCCAAUGCUGAGCUAGCCUGGUGCCAGGAGGAACACAAGAACCAAGGCUACUAUGACUAUGUGAAACCCAGACUCCGGACCACCAUUGACCGUGCCAGGCCCGUAUGGUAUGCUGGCCGAGACCCAGCAGCUGCUCCAGCAACUGGCAACAAGAAAACCCACCUGACAGAGCUGCAGCGCUUCCUGGACACAGCCUUCGACCUGAACGCCUUCAAGAAAUUCACUUAGAUGCUCCUGGGGUUACUCAGGCCAUGGUCUGCCCCCCAUGCCCAUGAUGCCCUUUGCUUCUCAACUAAAGAAUAGUGCCUCGGCGCUGCCACCCUCUGCCCCUCGCUAUGCCUCACAUUGUCCCCUGCUCAUAGCAAUUAGGCUCUUGUCCCCUUGCUUGGUUGCGCCCCAGGCCAGAUGCUGCCAGCCUGUCUGAUUUGUGUCAGGCUGAGCAGCUUUCAUGGAGGCAGGCCUUGAGGAGCAGGAACCUCUGCAGGACAACUUGGGAAAGAUCAACUCUGGCCACCACCCUUCAUCUUGUGAUCCUCCGAGGCAGGAGCAGAGCCUCGUGGCUGCCUGGUGCUCCUCCUUGUCACCCAGCAAGGCACAGAUCCAGGACUAGGAGUAGCUUCAUCGAGCUAGCAGGGUGGGCCUCAGCUUGGGGGUGUGGAGGAUAACAGGUCUAGGCCUUCUCUUCUGCCAUGUUAAGGUCCUGGUUUUUGUGUGGUCAGGGUGCCCUACCCAUCCCACCGGGGCUACUCAGCCCCUGGAGCCUGUAGGCUCUAUGUGGAGCACAAAAGCUCCCUUGGAUUCCACAGCUGGGGCACUGGCUGUCCCUUGUGGUCCUUCUGACUCCUCACCUCCUCUAGUCCCCCAGCCGCCCUCCCCCCAACUUUCUGCUGUUCCUUUGAGCGCAAUGGAGACUUUUGAUGCAUCCUCUUUGCUGUGCCAAAGCAGGUCAGAAACAGGAGAAGGGUAGGUGAGGCAGGGUAGGCCAAGGGGCCAGCUGCCCUUCAUCCCUCACUUUGACCUUCACAGGGACAGAUCUGAUUUAUUUAUUUUGGAUAAAAAAAAAGAAAAAGAAAUAACUUUGCAUUGCAUUGGCUUGACCCAUAAACUAAGUUAUCCAUGA